UGCAAUAAAAUAUAUUAUGCGGCAUAUAGUAGUGAAUGGUACGUCAUGGAUCCAAAAGUUGCCGAAGAUUUGUUGGUCUUAAUGACAAGAGGUUCUAAACCGAUUUAUCUCACCGUUGGAAAAGUGUCUCCAGUUACAAUGGCCACAUUUUGCGGUUUACUAAAAACGUCUGUUGGUUAUAUGUCCGUUUUGCAUACAACAAGAAGGUGAUAAAAAAGUGUAGAAAAUGAAAACUUUUUACCAAUAUUAUGCAAUUUUUACAGAAUACGAUAUAGAAUUGUA